AUGACAGAAAUAAUGUCUAAGGACUCUGAGUAUAAAAGCCAUACAUUGAGUAAGAAAGAACAUAGGCUUCUUAGGAAGCUUGGAAAAAAAGCAACGGAAGAUAAGAAGGAGGUGAAGGAGGAUAAAGGUACAAAGGGUAUGGAUCUUAAUAUAUUAGACGAAAGUGAUGAUGAAAAUGAGGUUGAAGACUUUGAAAGUGAGAAGAAGGAAGAAGAAGAAGAAAAAGAAGAAACGGAUGAUGUUCCAUAUUCAGACGUCGAACUUGAUGAUGAUGCAGACGUUGUUCCACAUACAAAAUUGACCGUCAAUAACAACGCGGCAAUUAAACAAGCAUAUGCAAGCAUAUCUAUUCCAUGGGAGAAGCAUCCAUUUGAUGAGAGUCAAAGCAUCAUGUAUCAUGAGAAGGUUGAAUUGGAGAUUAAGGAUAUAUAUGAUGAUACAGAGAGAGAGCUUGCCUUCUUCAAGCAAGGAUUGGAUGCUGCCAACGAAGGUAGAAAGAAGCUUUUAGCAUUGAAGGUGCCGUUCUCUAGACCUGCAGAUUAUUUUGCCGAAAUGGUGAAAUCUGAUGAACAUAUGGAGAAAUUGAGAUUGAAAUUGGUGGCGGAGGCAACCGACAAGAAAGCCAAGGAAGAGGCUAAGAGACAGAGAGAGCUCAAGAAGUUUGGUAAGCAAGUUCAGCACGAGACUCUUCAGCAGAGACAAAAGGACAAGCAUGAUACCUUGGACAAGAUCAAGAGUCUCCGGAAGAAGAGACAGAACAACGAGAUCGAUAACAAGGAAUUUGACGUUGGUGUUGAGGAAGCCUCUGCGGGUAAAGAAGAAGUGUCAAGAAAGAAAAGAAGAAUUCACAACCAGGUGAUGUCAAAGAGUAAGGACAAAGGAAAACAGCAGAGACCUGGAAAGAGCAAGAGAAGACACUGGAAGAAAUAA